UGGUUUCCUCAGCGUUGGUUGGGCGGGGGAGGGUAGCGCAGCGGCGCGUUCUGGGAGCCGAAGAGACCGAGAUCUUCCCGGGCUCUUGAGAGUGUUACCUCUUUCGCGGCAACAAUGGCUCGAGUGUCUCGCUCGCGCGGCCCGGAGUGGGAAGCAUCGCAGUUCGUCGAAGAGCCCCGAGCCCGCGGGGCGGCCGCUCUCGUUCGCACUCUUGCUCUCGGCCCGGGGACCGGAAUGGCCUCAGCCAUCAGCUGGGUGGCCUCAGCCGAGGCUCCCGAAACCAGCUCUGCGGCCCUGGCUUGCGGUGUCGUUCGCGAGAGCUGCCCUCGGCACCUCGGUGCUCCCCUUCCGCUUCUGCGUCCUCGUCCGCUGAGCGCUGCCGCCACUCGCGCCGCUGCGGGAGCGACGAGCCGGGACCCAGCCUCCUGGACCGGGAGGAGCUCUGAUGAACAUACAGCAGUACAGGACAAAGAGCCAAAGAAAAGCACCACUUUAGCUUCUACUUCAGAAGAAGAAAAGAAGAAGAAGAAGUCUAGUCAUUCAAAAGAAAGGUCCAAGAAAAAGAGGAAGAAAAAAUCAUCUAAAAGAAAACACAAGAAGUAUUCUGAUGAUAGUGACAGUGACUCUGAUUCUGAAACAGACUCCAGUGAUGAAGAUACAAAGGAAAGCAAAAAAAAAGCCCAGCAAAAGAAAAAGAAGAAACACAGAUGAUCAGCCUGGCAGUUUCACAUGAGGAAGACAGCAUGAAGAAAGCCAAGGUCUGACCACUUCUUUUCAGUGAUCUAUUAAUCUGGAAUAUUAAUCAGGGCCUCCCUCUUGCUUCCAGCAGCAGUAAACCAAAAUGUUCCCUUUUAGUGUUUAAUCGUCAGAUCUAGCGUCCUUUCAAGGACGCUGAAUGAGACAAAAUACAUUUGAAGGGAUAAUUGUCACUUCUGAGCCGGGGAAGACACAACAAUAUGGCUCCUGUGGUGGGGGGAGGGGUGAAAAGGGAGAAGAGCCUCUUUCUGGCCUCAAUGGAGGCACCUCUUGUGUUCCCUUUGAAGCAGCAGUUCCUUUGGGCCAGAAUGGUUUGUUCCCCUAUAUCCUUCACAAAAAGGGAGGGUAGUGAACAGAAUCUGGAGCAUCUAGAACAAAACUAGGUGAAUAUUUGGAUGCUACCUUCCCAUAAAGCCCUAUGAAUAGUAAUUUCUUAGGAAGCUUCCUUUAGAGUCCAGGCUUGUGCCUGAGCUCCUCAUCAUGAAUGGAGCUUGGUCCCAUUUUGCAGCACACUGUUCUCUCACUAGGGACUUUUCCCACCUCAUCUUACAUGUGUAUGUAUCUGAGAAGUGCAGGGUCUAGUGAUAGUGCUUAGGGACGUCACCUCAUGAAAAGAGACCUUCUUGACAUUCCUUAGCAAUUCUUACCCAUAUCAUACUAACCCCAUUUGGCACAUAAAAACAAGUAUACAAGAGAAUUCACAUCUUUACUGAAAAUACAAAAAAUAUGCCCUAUUAAAAACACAGUGCACUGUUUUCAUUUAUUCAGUUCAUUUAUUAGGCAUUUGGUGAACUGCUCUUGAGGUGCUAUGAAAAAUUUCAAUCUGGCAAAAAAAUACUUUGGAAAAACUCAUAGAAAACAUGUCUUACAAGAUAGGGACUAGAAAAUGAAUGCUGAUGACAGGGACCCAUGCCAGGCCAAGCAAAGCUAAGCCAAAGGAAGACAUAGGUGGAGGAGGCAAGGGCAGACAAGGCAAGGAUGGCAUGGGUGGCCCAGGUAUUUGGGGCUGCAGUGGCACCAGAGGAACCCAACUCCAGUUGGGUUGCAGAAUAAAUGUGGCAUUAUAGGGUCCAUCCAGGAUUAUGAUGACAGGGUGACCCAUGGCCAAAGGGGAUGUAUUUCUGAGAAUUAAACCCCUCUGAUAUCUCCAACACUUGGCCCUCCCAUUCUUAAACCAAAACUUUAAUCAGAGGGAAAAAAGGUAUUGGUUUAGUAUAUUGAACAGUUAAUGUCUUAAUAGAAAAACACAAUAUGCAAAUCUAUGUGCUAUUGAUGAAAUGGAAGAAACUAUUUCAUUAUUGCUCAAAUAUCUUAGGAAAAUUAAUACUGCACCCCUCCCUUCAGCCCAACCUUAGUGAUCGUAGGCUAUACAUGCCAAGCUCUGGUCUAGGCUUAUUGCUUUGUUCCUGUCCUCCCACUUUUAGUAUUCUUUAACUAUUUUCCAUGUCCUACAUGCAAACCAGCUAGUGAAUUGCACUGUGUCCUUGCUGUUAAUGCUUUGCCUGGUAACAGGGUAAAGACAUGUUAGUGUUCUGACAGCAGUUGAGCUGCCCUGCCCCUCCUCACUAGAGACAAUGUCACCCUGGUGAUGGGGGGAGCUGAACAUGGUAAAAAUUCAACCCCUUUCAAAGUCAUACUGAGGGAGGCAGCCCCUAUUUUAAAACCCCAUCUUCAGUCUGAAGUAAAUAAUUAAUAGGAAGGAACAUGUUGGAUUUUUAGACAGAAGGCUUCCUUCAAGGAUGACUAAGGAGUCAUUCACCCUCUGAAACAUCUUGAAAGUUAGAAAGGUGGUCUGGCAAGAGGGGCCCAGUGGGGUUUUGACUUGUCUUACUGGGACGUGAGAGUUGCUGAAGAUCUGGUCACUGCCUUGAUAUCUUAGUCUUUAAUGCUAAGGAAAGUUCAACCUAACUAGGUUCAACUCCAUUCAAACCCAGUUUCUGCCCAGCCAAUAAUUUGGAGGGAAAGAGGCAGACCACUGUCAAUUCUGCAUGUGCCAACCUGCCCCCACCCUCCAGUCUUCAUGGGCUCAGGACACUGUCAGCUAACCCGGUUCUACCUCCAGGUUCAGGAUUCUGGAUGGAAGGUGAUGUUGCCAGAGUAGGUCCUGCCAGCCCUACUCCUCAACUAGGAGAUCCCAACACCAACAAGAGUUCUAAGGCAGGAGAGUGGAACUAGGCAUUUUAGAACAAGGUCAGCAACAGUGUGGCACCCCCGUGUUCACUGCAGCAUUAUUUGCGAUAGAUAAGGAAACAACCCAAUUGUCUAUCUACGGAUGAAUGAAUAAAGAAAAUGUGUAUACAGGCACAUCUCAGAGAUAUUGUUGGUGUGGUUCCAGACCACUGCAACAAAGUGAAUAUCGCAAUAAAGUGAUUUAUUUCAUGGAUUUUUUGGUUUCCUAAUACAUGUAAAAGUUAUUUUUACACUAUACU